AUGGACAAGGAAGAUCACGGAUGCAGGCAUGAACUUCUCAGGAUCAUUAAAAUCCUUAUCCGCGCUGAGACGACCUUUGCUAAACUAUCCAGCUACCAUCUGAAGACAGUUUUCUUACACUACAACUCCAAUCCAAAAUUAAAGUGGGAUGCAGAUAUGCUAGGAGAGAGAUUUCUUGAGUACAUGGAAAUGUUGUACACAGCCCUUUCAAAAAAGACCCUCGACAACUUUUGGGUAGAAGGAGUGAACUUGCUGGAUAAUAUACAGGAUAAAACAUUAGAAAACAUGGCUGAUCGAUUACGCAAGAUUUUGGACAAUGACAAGGAGAGAAGUAAAGUCCUUAAAUGUGAAAGUAAGGCAGAUUGAUUUUUAUUAACUGCUUUUGGCAACUUGGAACUGGAGUAAACUAACAAUAAUAUUAUUAUAACUAUUAAGUCCCAAUAGUGACCAACAUUGUUUUUCUCCUAACAAUAUCUAUACUUAAUCAAAAGAGAAGAUUAUGAGACAAAAUUAAUAACAUUAUCACCAAAGGAAAAAUGUUUUGAUCUUUUAUCAAAUUCUCUCCAAUAAUUCUUUAAGGAACUGUAUGGAGAUCAGUCUGGAGAAUUUCUACAUGGAUAAUUAUUCUAUCUUGAGGGGUUAAUAUGGCUUUAAAGAGAUUAUCAGGAUCGUUACAUGUCUAUCAAUUCCCUCUUGAUUAAAAUUGUUUGACAAAGUAUUUGGUAAAAAGGGCGAAGAGAUAACCAAAGAGACUCUCAGUCACAAUUUGAUAGGUAGAGAGUUGUUAGAGUCCUUACAUACCCUUUCAACAGCACAAGCAUUACCUAAUCUGAAGCCAGAUUUAAGGCUUAUCAGUAUGUGCAUGUAAUUAAUCAAAGUGUGAAUUUCCAUUUGCUUUCAGUGCAGCUAGACAGUGACGGAAGAAAGGCAAGAGAAAACUGUCCUGCAAUCACAUCUGGACAGCAAAAACAAAUUCUGCCAAACACAUGUCAAACUUCUACUGAUCUAUUGCAGCUUCUGCGAAAAUUCCUCAACAAACUGGAAGCCAUUCUAAGUGAUGAAAUCAAGUGGUCAAAAGAAGUGAUUGAAGAGUAUAUGAAAAAUGGGGUACUCAAAUACUGCCAGGAUAACUCUCCUAUGAUAAUAAGCAAGUUUGAUUAUGGAGGAAGUUUGUAUGAGAAUCUGAAAACCGCUCGUCCGAAUGAGGACGAUGUUGUAAUUCAUGUCGUCUUGAAGGCAAAGAAAGGGUUUGUCACUAUUAAUGUGGAGAACCCUGGUUAUGCAUCCAUCAAAGCAGUGGAAGGUUCCCCAUACAAAGAGUAUUCACGUGAAGAUGGCCUCUUGAUGCCAAAGAAAUUCAAGUCAUGGCUAUUUAAACUGGUCAAUUCUGCUGUUCAAGAAUUGAACUCUAAAGAAGCUGCAUCCAUGUCUUUGAAGGCUUCUAGUUGUAGCACUGGUGUUAAAGUCAUCAUCAGUCAAUCCAAGACAAGACACUGGAAGUAA